GUUGCGGAACUGCUCAUCGAACACGGCGCUGAUGUAAAUGCUCGAAGCCCUUUGCAUCACAUUGUCCUCAGCGUUGCAAUUCAACUAAGCGAAGAACAUAUCUUAAGAUUGCUGAUCGAACGUGGUGCAGAUAUUCAGGCGCAGACCGCCUUUUACGGCACUACCCUUUGUGUUGCAUCGUAUUGCGGUCGUACUAGGAUCGCUGCGCUUUUGUUACAGCGCGGCGCGAACGUUAACGCACAUCGAGGCAUAUGUGGUAACGCUUUGAACUGUGCAUCAUUCGAAGGCUUUACUGAACUCACAGCGUUGCUCAUAGAGCACGGCGCAAAUGUGAACGCCUGA